AGAAAGAGAAAAAGGGGGGAAAACUUUCCCUCACUCUCGAUUCUGUUGGUCCUCCAAAGACCCUUCUUUACUCUUUUUUCUUUCUUAAACCCUCGUCGCCUCCACCUCUCAUUAUCUAUGGAAGCCCUCUCGAGUUCUUCAGUAGUUCAUUCGAGAUUUGCUGAAACCUCGAAAUCUCGCGACUCUUCAAUCUCUUCGCUGCUCAAAGUUCCAAUCUUUCGAUGUGGGUUCUCGAAAAUCCAUGAAAAGUUCGAGCCUUUGAGGCUUUCUAGAUGUGAAGCUAGCGAUUUCAAAAGCUGGAGGAGGUUUAGGUCUCUGGCCCAUGAAGAGGGGGAAUUGAGUAAUGGUUCUGGAUUGAUUCCUGACGAGAGUUCGUCUUUUCUUGAGAUUAAUUCAAGUGAUAUUGGUAGCCAUGAAGCAGCUAUAACUGAAAAGCUAGGAACAAUAUCACCCAGUAAUGAUGCGAGUGGGAAAAGUGGAUCUAGAGCUGGGCUCUUUAGGACACCAAUUUCAGGUGGCGUCCAAAGCGCAACCUCGGUCCAUGAUCUACCUCCACCUGCCUUGGCUGUUCGCAACCUAAUGGAACAAGCAAGGUUUGCUCAUUUGUGCACUGUGAUGUCUCGAAUGCAUCAUCGUCGUGCUGGAUACCCGUUUGGUUCUCUAGUUGAUUUCGCACCUGAUCCAAUUGGCCAUCCAAUAUUUUCAUUUUCACCAUUGGCUAUCCAUACACGGAAUUUGCUGGCUGAUCCGAGAUGCACACUUGUUGUGCAGAUACCUGGAUGGAGCGGAUUGUCAAAUGCACGUGUUACAAUAUUUGGUGAUAUUGUCCCACUCCCAGCUGACCAGCAGGAUUGGGCUCGUCAGCAGUACAUAGCUAAACACCAGCAAUGGGCAUCACAACAAUGGGGAAACUUUUAUUACUACAGAAUGCAGGACAUCAGUGAUAUAUAUUUCAUUGGAGGGUUUGGUACUGUUCAAUGGGUAGAUGUCAAGGAAUAUGAAGCACUUCUACCCGACAAGAUUGCUGCUGAUGGUGGAGAGCAAAAUUUGAAGGAACUCAAUGCAAUAUUCUCAAAGCCACUUAGAAAAAUCUUAGCUACUGAAGGGGAGAUAGAUGAUGCAGCUUUCAUAUCAAUUGACAGCAAAGGCGCUGACAUCAGGGUUCGCCAAGGUGCACAGUUCAACAUUCAGAGGCUAUCUUUUGAAGUGGAGAAGGGAGUUGAGACGUUGGAAGAAGCUAAGAGAGCACUUCAAGAAAUAGUCAGCAGAGGCCAACCGAAGUUGCAAGAUAGAAGUUGAAAUCUCGGUCAUAUCUAUAAUAAAGGGGUAACGAAUUUGACAGUUUUUUUUUCACCAGAAGAGGAGUGAAAACUCAGUUUAUCAUGUAAUCUUAAAGUGAAAUGUUUCAGAGUAUGAUAAUAUAAGAAGUUUUCUUCAGUUAUUUUGA